AUGAAUCACUCUCAGAUGAACCCAGCUGCUCUACUUGGAAGUGCUUCUUGGGAUGGAUCCGACGCAUACGAGGCCGGGGGUGCAUUCCACCACCGAGCUACCGCAUUCUUUGCUGCCGUGAAAUGGGACCAGCUCGUGUCGCGCUGUUCGCGACUUCAUGGCGGUAUACCUUGCAGCCUCGGGGAGAAAUUCUCCAUCGGUCACUUCAACAUGGUCCGGCGGAUCGUAUUUGAGGACGGUACGAGUUGGGUUGCUAGGCUGAGACUACCACGGCUAGGAGCAGUCCUAGGUGACCGCGAGAUGCUCGACGAGGCUAGAACUCUACAGGUGGAGGUUGCUAGCAUGAAGUUCUUGAAAGCCAAAACCGGUAUGCCCGUUCCGGAAAUCCACAGUUACAGCGUUGAUGCAAAGAACGAAGUGGGCGCCCCGUACAUCCUGAUGGAUUAUAUCGACGGAAACGUUGCGACGGAAUUACGGGCGGCGAAAAACUGCGACGUAGGCUUAUUCGGCACAUUGCACCAAGAUCGCAAGUUUCGAGAGCAAAUGGCUAGGAUUCAGGUCACGCUGUCCUCGUUCGAAUUUGACCGGAUCGGAAGUCUCUAUCAGGACGAAACUACAUCCGAAUUCUUCAUCGGGCCAGACGCCGAGACUGGGAAAGGGCCUUGGGCGUCUUCGAUGGACUAUUACGCUGACCUUGCCAACCACGCGCUCCAGGAUUGUGUGGCGAAUGCAGGGGCUGACUUCCAAACGAGCUGGUCUUUUGCAAUCCCCGUGCUCUUCAAGCACCUCAUCUCCGUGUAUGGCCAUGACAAUGACAGCACCGGUGCAGGCCCUUUCAAGCUGACCAAUCGUGAUUUCGGCGCCCACAACCUUCUCGUGAACAACGAUUUCGAAAUCAUUGGCGUGAUCGACUUGGAUGGAGUCAUGGCUGCGCCGAUUGACGUGGUCGCCCAGUAUCCCCAACUGUCAGGACUGGCGCGCGAGCCUCCCGGACAUGUUGAGACCAGACCACUUGCAAUUGAUCGCAUCUCGAGGACGACACCCAAGCUUGAAGAAUACAAGAAUUUCGUCGAAACAACCGAAGCCGAAUUGGUCCCCAAGAAAGGAGAACCAACGAUGGCGAAUUUGUUCUUGUCAGAUACGGCGAGCACAUUCCAAGGACUUCUAUGUUAUGCGAGUCAUCAAAAGUUCGUGAAUGAUAAGUGGAUGGAAGCAUAUUGCAAGCUCCUCCGCGAGAUUUCAGGUCCUCAAGACUCACUUUCAUGA